AUGAGUGAUCAGGGCCAGUGCGAGCUGCAAGACUUGGCUGAAUGUCGCUGGCUGGCCAGUAAGGGCAACACCAUGUGCGGUGAUUCCUUCCUGGAGACCCUCAGGCCCGGCACCUUGCAGGGAUUGGACGACGGCUCGGUGGUUGAAGGCGAGUUGGCCGGCAGGCCUUGA